UGCGCAGGCGCGCUAACGGAAUCUGGUGGAUGGAUGAUGAGCGGCGGGAAAAUUUGAUUUGUUUGUACGGAGAGUAAUAUCAAUAACAAUUUCCAAUAAGGCGCAGUUGAGGUGGAUCACGCUUCGGAAUAGUAUCUCGACAACGUGCUAGUAGUGAGAGAACUGUUGGCUUUUUUGUUAAUGUAUUGUUUCUGCUUGGGAUUAAUGCAGACAUACAGCAUACCACUUUGCCGUUGGAUAUUUUAAAACUCCAUUCAUUCAGAUCCCAGAACAGAUUGUAAUGCACUAACCACUAUGAGUGGUGGGAAAGUAUUUGUAGAGACUUUGAGGAGAAUUGCUUAUCGUAAAGCCAGUCAACUGAAUGGAGAGAAUUUUGAUUGGUGGUUUGACAUUGGAGAUGAAAAGAAAUUGAUCGAAUGGUUUUGCCAUAAUAUAAAUGAACAGAAUGUAUUGACUGAAGAAGAGUUGACUGAGUUUGAAAGCCUUGGACCAACACAUCGCCUGAGCCAGAAAGACUUGGAUAAGGUCUUGGCAACCUGUCCUAAGGGAGCAGAUUUCAGACAUGGCAACCUGCCAGAAAUGACAAUUGAGAAAUUGGAAGAGGAGGUUAAGGAGCUGCAGCUGAUUCGCAAUCUUAAAAUCCAGCGACGGAAUAAGCAGCAAUUGAUGGCAUCAGGAAUACAUCAUAUGCCAAUGAGAUUAAAGGACGAGGAGGAAGAAUGUACCAAAUUAUUGAGAGACACACAAGAACAAUUGGUUGUUGAAAAUGCUAAAUUGAAUUUUACUCUGUCAAAGGUAUUUGAAGAAGUUCAGCACCUUACUGCCCUAUAUUCAACCACUGGGUCAGAAAGGCGACCUGGGCAACAGACCAUAUUUCUGUCACACCUUUCACUGGAUGACUAUCUGCAGCAGGAAGAGCAAUGCACAGCAGCUCUUACUGAAUAUACAAAGAAACAGCUUUUUAAAGGCAUAACUGAACUAGUUGAGAGCUCCGACAUUGAAAAAUUUCAGCUGGUGGACAUAACUUCUCAAUCCUUACAGGGAGAAUGCAAUGAGACGCGCACAGACUACCGACAACAAAUGGCUAGAAUUCAAGCAGCAUACAACAGUGGUCAGCGACAGUUAAUUUUAGCAAAAGCAAAAGAACAGAGCACCAAGGCUAGACUGCAGCAUAUGGAGCAAAUAAUCUCCUUGAUGCGAAACAGAAAGUUAAUUGAUUUAAAUGGUGCAAAAGCAAAGAAGAACAGUUUAACCAAAGAACUGACUCUGGUAAAUGUCCAGAUAGAACAUCUAGUUAAUAAGCAACUUCCUGACCUGAUUGUGGAGAAUGCGCAACUGCUGAACAUGCCUGUGGUGAAGGGGAAUUUUGAUCUGCAGAUGGCUCGUCAAGAUUACUACACCUCCAAGCAAGACCAAGUUGCAAGCCAGCUACUCAAACAGAAAACUCGAUUUGAAUUACUUCAUCUAGCAUAUGAAAUAGAACUAUGUAAGCACCGAGACGUUCAUAGACAACUUGAACACCUGACUGCAGAGCUUGAACAAUGCAAGGGAGAUUUUUUGCAACGUUUAGACAUGCUGUCCAAUAAAUCUCUGCAACCAAGCAGAAUACAACGAAGCAUAAUUGAUUCAACUGAUACCUCUACUAUCAGGCUCUGUCAGAUUUUUGAUGUUGACAACAAACAACAGCAAUUGUUCAGAACAUUCAGUGGUCUGGAACAGGAAGUCAGAAACCUACAGAAAGAAGUUAUUUCAUUCAAGGAACAAUUGGGAACGACCCAGCGUGAGCACUCUAACCUUUGGUCUGCACUGGAGUCUGAUAUUGAGAGACUCCAGAGUGUUAUGUAUUCCAGUUCCAAGCAGCUCCUGCUUCAUUGUGAGGAACUGUCAGAACCUCUUCAAAGAUUAGAAUGUCAACUGCAGAGACUGCCGCAAAUUAUUGGGAAUAUAGCUGAUAAUAUUAAAUCAAAACGGCAAAUUCUGGCAAGCAACUUGAGUCUUCAAGGCGAGAGAGUUCUAUAUGUUUAUUUCUUCCAAGACCCUGAUAAAUUGAAAGCAAUUGUGGAGAAUCUGGAGAGGAAAAUUAGCACUCAGAACAUUGGAUCGGAGAGCUGAUGUCUGCCAGGGAGCAGGCAACAUUGCUAAGACAUGGUUAAAUCAGAGGGGGAGAAAACCCACCUCUAGUUGGUUGUAUAGUAACAUUCAAAAAUGUGGAGGAAGAAGUUGCUUCUGGGGAAAUGUGAAUACUGAUUGAGCAUUUUGUGCUCUUAAUAAAAUAUUCUUCUAGCACUAUUUUUAAUUGUUUUGUACGUGUGUGUAAAAUAUUGCAGGCCUUUUUAACCAGAGUUCAUACUUUAUUUUUAAUUUACUCUUAAAAUGCAAUCCUGGAAUCUCCUUGUGAUUUGGAGGUCUCAGCAUCCUGUCACAUUACACUACUAACCACAGAAAAGUAAGUUAUGUCUGAUCAAAACAUCUGAUUUUCCUGUAUUCUUAAAUCUAUGUAUAAUUGUCUCUUUCACUGAUUAUAGUACAACAAAAUUAGCAGUGCAGCACAUGUACCCUAAACUGUCACAAAACAUUUCAUGUGUAAUGAAUGACUGAAGUAUACAGCUGUUAUAAAAGCAAAUAUUACAAUUAAUUUGUGCGUAGCAAUUACAUUUUGAGUGUAUUUGAAGCUCCAUGUUGGGUUGUCAUUUGGAAAAUCUACUCUUAUUUGCAAUACUCUGGCAUUGAGGAAAUCUGUCUGGCGAUCAAGUGAAGCCAUGUUUGAAUGAUUUACUUUGAAAGAGCAUCUCCAGUUGGUGAGAAUUCCUUCAUUGAUGCAUUGAAGUGUGAGGACUGAGCUCAU